AACCACGUAGAUGAAUUUGGUCCGCGGAAAUGAAAGGAUGCAGAAUAUAACACGAUUCUCUUAGCUAUCUCCUCUCCUCUAUUCCUUCCACUUUCCUCUUCGACUUCCUUAUCAAUUUCCCUCUUCCAAUCUCUCCACCUUUUACUCUGUUCCUGCGUGUUCUUUCAGAGCAAUUGAUUGAUGCAAUGUCUGGUGAUGCGUCGUCGUCUGGAGUGCCUCUCGAAGGUCUUGACGAUGUAGAGGACUACAUUUGGGCAAAUGAAGGUGCAAGAUCAUUGUCUUGGGAUCGGUUUAGUCAUGUUUUUGAUCUGGUGCAGAAUGGAAACCAAGCAUUCCGAGAGAAUCAUUUUGAGGAGGCUAUCAAUUGCUACUCAAGAGCCAACAACAUCAAACCAGGAGAUCCUGUUAUUCUUGGCAACAGGAGUGCUGCUUAUAGCAGGAUUAGCCAAUUCCUGAAACAGAGACCUGCUUCUGCUUCUGAAUAUAAACCAUUAAAUGGGCUGGAUCCCACUAUGCAUGCUGAACUUGCACUAAAGGAUGCUGAGAAGGUGAUGGAUCUCAGAAACAAUUCAGUGAAUUCAUACAUCUUAAAGGCCAGUGCUCUCAUCCUGUUAGAAAAAUAUGAGUUGGCUCGAGAUGUUAUUCUUUCAGGCCUUCAGGUUGAUCCUUUUAGCAAUCCUCUUCGGGCUUCUCUUCAGAAUUUGGAGAGAUCAGUGGCUAAUACAUCGAGGAGAAGCCAUAAACCAGAACGUAGUGAUGAAUUUGAUUGUACGCUUUGCCUGAAGUUAUUAUAUGAACCUGUUACAACUCCUUGUGGGCAUUCUUUUUGCCGCUCAUGUUUGUUUCAAACAAUGGACCGUGGUAACAGAUGUCCACUGUGUCGAACAGUUCUGUUUAUCAGUCCAAGAACAUGUGCAAUCAGUGUGACACUGAACAACAUCAUACAAAAGAACUUCCCGGAGGAAUAUGCUGAUAGAAAGUCUGAGCAUGAAAGUUUGACAAAUUUUGGGGUUGAUCUGAUCCCCCUUUUUGUUAUGGAUGUUGUAAUUCCAUGUCAGAAGUUUCCACUCCACAUAUUUGAACCCCGAUACAGGCUAAUGGUGAGGAGGAUAAUGGAAGGAAAUCAUAGGAUGGGAAUGGUUAUCCUUGAUUCUGCUACAGGAUUUAUAGUUGAUUUCGCUUGUGAAGUGGAGAUAACAGAGUGUGAGCCACUUCCAGAUGGGCGAUUCUAUCUAGAGGUUGAAAGCCGCCGUAGAUUUCGCAUCCUUCAAUCUUGGGAUCAAGAUGGGUAUCGAGUUGCAGAGGUUGAAUGGGUUCAAGAUGAUCCACCGAGAAUGAGAGCAGAAUUACAGGAUAUCACAAAUAAUGCAGCAGAAUAUGCUCAGUCAUGGUUAAGGAGGGCAAAGGAAGCUGCAAGACAAGAUCGAAGAAGACUUGAGAAACUAUUAAAUGUGGAAGCGAUGAUGCCCACACCACUGGAUCCUGAGCGCUUCAGCUUCUGGCUUGCUACAUUAUCAGACAGGAAGCCCUAUGAAAAAUUGGAGCUCCUGCGUAUAAGGGAUACAGAAGAGAGGAUAAAACGAGGAUUGGUAUAUCUGAGAGCUUAUGAACAGGGCUCUAGUUCUCAUUCUCUUACCAAGUCUCCUCUCAUCCAUCUCCAAGUAACAAACAGACAAACAAACAAACCUACGACUCCUCCAAAAAAACAAACAACAAACAAACAAAAAAGAAAAAACAAACAAACUUACGAAACUUCACCAGACAACCUUGCACGUCCUUCCCUUACUUGCUUCCAACUUCCUUCUUCUCUCUCACUCCACCACAUCCACAUUUUUUAUUCCCAUGACUGCUUUUUUCUAGUUCAUCAAUGCCCUCUUCUCCACCACCAUCUUCUCGUUAAGCUUUAUCGUUUCUCAUCAUUGCCUCAUCUAAUGGGGAGAGAUAAUCAUACCCUUUUGCUCCUUUUCUUUUUUUUACUCAUUGCCACCUUCAAUUGUGUUAGCAGUCGUAAUUCUUCUGAUCUUGCGUUUUCACCUUCUGAUAACUAUCUCAUUGAUUGCGGUUCAUCACAAGAUACCAAGCUUGAAGAUGGCCGAACCUUCAAAUCUGAUUCCUCCACAAGGAGUUAUCUUGAAACCAGCACAGAGGUACAAGUUUCGAUGGAUUCUGUUUCUGUGAAUGUCGCUUCUAAUUCUUCUUCUCCUCUCUCUUCAUCUGCGCUUCCUCUGUAUCGCUCUGCAAGAAUUUUAACUUCUGAUUCCAAAUAUUCUCUUUAUAUCUCUGAUCCUGGAUGGCAUUGGGUUCGCCUUUACUUUUAUCCCCUUCACCACCUGAAAUUCAAUUUAACCACUGCUGUUUUCUCCGUCACGACCGGCGAUGAUUUUGGUCUCUUACAUGAGUUCUCUGUGAGAGACAAUUCCUCGGUGGUUUUCAAGGAAUACCUCUUAAACGUCACCGGCGAAACAUUUUCUCUCAUUUUCAAGCCCAACCAAGAAUCUUACGCCUUCAUCAAUGCUAUUGAGGUUGUUUCUGCACCUGACGUUCUUCUUUCUGAUUCUGCAUCCACACUUCCCCAAGGAGGAACUGUCAACGGUUUGGUCAAGUAUGCUUUCGAGGUGUUUUACAGGUUAAAUGUUGGAGGUCCAAUCAUAACUCCCAAGAAUGAUACGUUGUCAAGAACUUGGCUGCCUGAUACUGAAUACAACAAAUUUCCACAAGGAUCCCAAAAUGCAUCUGUUUCUACCAGCGUCAUCAAAUACCCAAAAAAUGGUUCCAACUCAUAUAUUGCUCCUCGUGGGGUCUAUGCAACCGCAGAACAGAUGAAAGAUUCUAAUAUCCAGUUGCAGAAUUUUAAUCUCACUUGGGAGAUGAGGGUUGAUCCUGGAUUUUCGUAUUUGAUCAGAUUGCAUUUUUGUGAUAUUGUGAGCAAGUCCCUUAAUGAAUUGUACUUCAAUGUGUAUAUAAAUGAGUUGAUAGGCGUGUCAAGUCUUGAUCUUUCAUCCAUUAACAACGCCCUCGCCACAGCUUAUUAUAUGGAUUUUCUCGUCAAUGCAUCAUCCAUCAAGAACAAUACUGUCAUGGUUCAGGUUGGUCCUUCAUCUGUGCAGUCUGGGCAGACUGAUGCUAUUCUUAAUGGAUUGGAAGUGAUCAAGAUAAGCAACAAAGUGAGGAGCUUGGCUGGCUUAUUUGGUGCUAAAGGGUCACAAGGAGCGCAAACAAUGAAGAUUGUAGCAGCUGUUGGGCUUGUAAUGGGGCUAACUGCGAUGAUCCUCCUCGCUAUGGUAUGUAUCCGGUGGCAGAAGAGGCCUACUGAUUGGCAGAAACGAAACAGCUUCUCCUCAUGGCUCCUCCCUCUCCAUACAAGCCAAGCUACAUUCUUAUCCAGCAAGAGCAGUUCCAGGAGAUCUAGCAUCUUUGGUUCCCGGAAAAGCAAGAACAGUCACUCCGGUUACUUCAAUAAUCAGGGUCUUGGCCGGUAUUUCACUUUCAGUGAAUUACAGAAAGCUACACAAAAUUUUGAUGAAAAAGCAGUGAUUGGUGUUGGCGGGUUUGGAAAAGUUUACAUUGGAGAGCUAGAAGAUGGAAUCAAGACUGCAAUAAAACGAGGAAACCCGAGUUCUCAGCAGGGUAUAAAUGAGUUCCAGACAGAAAUACAAAUGCUCUCCAAGCUCAGACAUCGUCACCUCGUAUCACUCAUUGGCUUCUCCGAUGAACAAUCGGAGAUGAUUCUUGUUUAUGAGUAUAUGGCUAAUGGUCCACUUCGCGACCACCUCUAUGGCUCAAACCUACCUCCCUUGUCAUGGAAACAACGACUCGAGAUUUGCAUUGGUGCAGCUCGUGGGUUGCAUUAUCUCCACACUGGUGCAGCACAAGGCAUUAUCCACCGUGACGUUAAGACCACUAAUAUUCUUCUUGAUGAGAACUUCGUAGCCAAAGUAUCUGAUUUUGGGCUUUCCAAGGCUGCAUCUUUGGAACAGGGCUAUGUGAGCACAGCAGUGAAGGGCAGCUUCGGAUAUCUUGAUCCUGAGUAUUUCAGGAAGCAACAGCUUACAGAGAAAUCAGAUGUCUACUCUUUUGGGGUGGUUCUGUUCGAGGUUUUAUGUGCAAGGCCUGUGAUAAACCCAACACUGUCAAGGGAGCAGGUAAAUUUAGCUGAAUGGGCAAUGCGGUGGCAUAGAAAAGGAAUGAUUGAGAAGGUAAUUGAUCCCCAAAUUGCUGGGACUAUUAAUCCAGGAUCUCUAAAAAAGUAUGUGGAAGCUGCUGAGAAAUGUUUAGCAGAAUACGGCGUUGACAGGCCUGGCAUGGGAGAUGUACUGUGGAACUUGGAGUAUGCAUUGCAGCUUCAGGAAGCUUCUUCUGUUCCUGACAAUUCAGAAGAUAAGAGUACAAAUCUCAUUCCUCUGGAGAACUCAAGUAGAAAGGCUCCUGAAGGGCAACCUGCAGUCUUAAUUAAUGAUGAUUCUGAAGUAACUACUGAUUCUCCAAUGUUUUCUCAGUUAGCGAAUUUCCAGGGAAGAGACUCCUCCCCGGAGAAUCACGCCGACGAUGAUUUCUCCAUUUUCCCUCCAAGUAAUCAUGAGAAUCUCAUUCCUUCUCGUUUCAAUCUACAAUCCAAAAACCACCCAACCCCUCCCCAGUCCUUGCCCUCGUCUCCUUUACCGUUUCUUCGUCCCGAUUUUGAUCCUUCACCUUCUCCUCCGGAGGUUACACUCUUGCCCAAUUGGUGGGGCUUUGCUUUUAAGAUCUUGCGUUCUAGAAUUGCUAAUAUUGGGUCCUAUUUUGGAUCUAAUAGUAGUGGUACUAAAAGGUCGUUUUGGUCAUUUGGAAAUGUUGCUUUGGCGGUGACGGUGGUCUUGUGGUGGUUGUAUGUGCGAGUAAGGCGGCAGAGGCGGAGGAGUGAGAGUGUGGAGAAUUUGAUGCAGAUUAUCAGUGAGAAAGAUGAGAAAAUUAUGCAGCUUCUGAAUCAAAUCUCUCAGAUGAACCAAGUACUGCUAUCUCAACACAAGGUUCUAGCUUCCAAACUGGCUAAUUAAUGGCUGUUAAUUUAUGGGCAAAUUCUCUUUGUUCCCUACUGCAUUGGUAGUUUAAUAGUUGAACUGCCACCAAUGCCAAUGAAACACAUCAGCGGACUACAACGACUUGCAUUGCAACCGACAGAGAUGAAGGAUGUAGCUGAGCGAAGGAUCACCAUUUUGGAUGUCGAGGAUAGGAAAAUCGAGAAUCUGUAACAUCUGAUAUGUUUCAAGCCAGCUGAUUUUGUUCGUAGAUUCUUAUUGUUUAUCCAUAGUUCUGUAUGUGUAUUAACUUAUUUAGUGUAGUUUAAUGUGGCUUCAUGAUUUGUGAUUUUACAUUUUUUUCCCCAA